AAGCCAGCAAGUGCAAUUGUGUGGCUCUCAAUAUGCCUCUUCACUACCACUCAAUAUAAACCAAACUAAGGCUAAAAAUUUUACAACAACCCCUCCUUCAUAAACCACAAAAAAAUAAUCUUAUAACAUAAGCUCAAAAACACACCACAAUAACAACAAAGAAUCCCUUAGCUCCCUUAUCACUUGUUCCUUCAAUAAUCAAGAAUAUAUUAGUACUUCAAAAAAAGUUGUAAUUCUUUUUCCCAAUGGCAAUUACAACUGCAAUUGCAACUACAUCCUUUUCUUCAUGUGUUGGUGGUGAAGAUUAUGGGAUGCUUAUUAGGAAAGUGCAACCUGUGAAUGUUGGAAUUGGGAAGGCAGUGAGAUCAAGGCCAAUGAUGGGGAAUGUUAAUGAAGGGAAAGGACUAUUUGCACCAAUUGUUGUUGUGACUAGGAAUAUUGUUGGCAAGAAAAGAUUCAACCAACUAAGGGGCAAAGCUAUUGCUUUACACUCUCAGGUAAUCACAGAAUUCUGCAAGUCAAUAGGAGCAGAUCAGAAGCAAAGGCAAGGAUUGAUCCGAUUGGCAAAGAAGAAUGGUGAAAGACUUGGAUUUCUUGCUUGAUGCUCUUUAUAUAUAGUGUCCCAUACCAUUGCCAAUGGAAAAUGUGUUAUGAUCAAAUAGCUAUAGCUUUGUGUACUUGAGACAAAUCAAUCAGAUACAACUUAAUUAUCUGUACUAUUCAAACAUAUACGAUAUGCUUUGUAGUCUAGGUAUGCUUUCUUGUUUCAA